UCCCCUAAUCAGCUGGAGAAAAGGAGUCACUUAUAUAAGCCCAGGGAAAGAAAACACUUCUGCGAUACUGCUCACAUGAAGACCUAGGACUGAGCACUGGUUUACUCCUGACGUCCAGUUUCUGCAUCUGCUCACCCAGUUUCUUUAGGGCUGUACUGACCGGGACGAGUGGCAAUUUGGGAGGCUUCCUUCUUCUUACUCCUCUUUCUUUUUCAAGGCAGUCGGUGAAGAAAAGUGGAAGGCAUGACCCCCUCGUCAGAUAGAGAGCUCAACGGGCUAGAUAACCCCAGCUUUGUGGGUGAAGAUGGGAACCACCACUGCUCCUUGCCCAAUCCUGCUGCCCAGGGCCCAGAGAAAAUCGGGGUCAAGGGCCGGGACAACAAGUUAGCCUACACCAUCACGGAUGUGCCCCCCUGGUACCUGUGCAUCCUGCUGGGCAUUCAGCAUUUCCUGACAGCCAUGGGAGGUCUCGUAGCCGUCCCUCUGAUCCUCUCCAGAGAGCUUUGCCUCCAGCACGACCUGCUCACCCAGAGCCACCUGAUCAGCACCAUCUUCUUUGUCUCAGGCAUUUGCACCCUGCUGCAAGUCCUCUUUGGAGUCAGGUUGCCUAUUAUUCAAGGAGGGACUUUUGCAUUCCUGACCCCCACCCUGGCCAUGCUGUCUCUCCCCAAGUGGAAGUGCCCUGCCUGGACGCAGAACGCCACUCUGGUGAAUGCCUCUUCACCAGAGUUCAUUGAAGUCUGGCAGACACGGAUGCGAGAGGUACAAGGAGCUAUCAUUGUAGCUUCCUGCUUUCAAAUCUUCGUUGGAUUUUCUGGCCUGAUUGGAUUUCUGAUAAGAUUCAUUGGGCCCCUGACAAUUGCCCCCACCAUCACCUUGGUUGCACUACCUCUCUUUGACUCAGCUGGAAAUGAUGCUGGGCAGCACUGGGGCAUAGCCUUCAUGACUAUUUUUUUCAUAGUUCUGUUCUCUCAGUACCUGAAGGACAUCCCUGUACCACUGCCGUCGUACCAGAGAGGCAAGAAGUGCCACUUCUCCCCUGUCUACCUCUUCCAGAUCUUCCCGGUGCUGCUGGGGCUGUCCCUGAGCUGGCUGCUCUGCUACGUGCUGACAGUGACCGACGUCCUCCCUGUGGACCCUGCCGCCUACGGCUACCUGGCACGGACUGACACGCGCGGGGACGUUUUGUCUCGGGCUCCCUGGUUCCGGAUCCCUUACCCAGGCCAGUGGGGAGUGCCAACUGUCAGCUUGGCUGGGAUAUUCGGCAUCCUCGCCGGGGUGAUCUCCUCCAUGCUGGAGUCCAUGGGGGAUUACUACGCCUGCGCCCGCCUGUCUGGUGCCCCGCCGCCGCCGAAGCACGCCGUCAGCCGCGGGAUCGGGGUGGAGGGCAUCGGCUGCCUCCUGGCCGGGGCCUGGGGAACGGGGAAUGGCACCACGUCCUACAGCGAGAACGUGGGGGCCCUGGGCAUCACCAAGGUCGGGAGCCGCAUGGUGAUCGUUGCCGGUGCCUGCACCAUGCUCCUCAGCGGCGUCUUCGGGAAAGUCGGGGCGAUGUUUGCCAGCAUACCCACCCCUGUCAUCGGAGGCAUGUUCCUCGUGAUGUUUGGCAUUAUCACAGCAGUGGGGAUUUCCAAUUUGCAGUACACGGAUAUGAACUCCUCCAGAAACAUCUUUAUAUUUGGAUUCUCUGUAUUUGCUGGCCUCACAGUUCCCAACUGGGCAAACAAAAAUAGUGCGCUGCUAGAAACAGGUAUCAUCCAGCUGGACCAGGUGAUCCAAGUGCUCCUUACCACUGGCAUGUUUGUGGGUGGACUGCUGGGGUUUAUCCUGGAUAACACCAUUCCAGGAACACAGGAGGAGCGGGGACUCCUGGCAUGGAAGCAUAGCCACAGGGGAGAGGUGGGCAACUCUCAGCUCAUUUCCAAGGUCUACGAUCUUCCAUUUGGCAUAGGCACCAAAUACUGUGCUGUCUCUUGGUUUCGGUAUCUCCCAGCUUGCCCCAAAAGACUACCUGGCAGCAAGAAAAUGGAUGAACUGAAGGCUGCUGGACAAGAAAGCAGUGAUAAAGCAAGCUCAGAAAGAGACUCGGAGAUAGGUGCUGAUACAAGGAUAUAAGCACCUUGCCUGAAGGUGAACUUGUCUCUCAAGCUGAGGUCUGAAAAGUGUGUCUGCUGUUCCCGUCAUUUGAACUUGAGCUGGCACCUCUUAGAGGCUGAAGCAAGAGAAUGACAGUGUCCUUCUCUUCCUAGCUCUGCCCCCAGUGCCACUGGUGACCUUGAGGGAAUCAUUGUUCUCCACCCUACUCCUGCUUGCCCAGCUCUAGGAAGAACAUAAUUCUGCUUUGGGAAAGCCCAAGAAAUGCCUGGGAAGGCUGCUCACUUUCCUUCCUUGCACUGAUCCUUGGGGACCCUGAGGAACAACUGUUAAGCUGGAGCAAAGCUGUUCCUUUCCCCCAUCCUGGCUGCUCACCAGGCCACAGGAGAAGGCAUCCCUGAUGUGGGCCCUCUGCCACUAUCAGGCAUCCUUUGGGCUGAGGCUUAUCACCCCCACCUUAAAAGUCUUUAAUGGCAAUGCUCACCGUUCAGACUUAAACCUCUUUCUGGCCAAAGGGAAGAAACAGGCACCUCUAGGCCAUGAUUCACCUCAUUCCUGUGACACUUUAAAGUCAAUCAAAUGAACGUUACUAGAAGAGAGGCAUCUAAGUUUAAUGGGAUGAAUUGUCUUCUGACAGUGCCUCUCUGUCCCUAGCCAGCAGAGGGAAUCUGCAGACCUUACUUAGGUUGUUGAUCCGUCAGCAAUAACCAUUGUAACUGGAAGGAAUCCCACGUGGGGUGCUGGGAGCAGGCUCAGGGGACCAGCUUCCCCAGGGCACCAAAGUGCACAGAGAUGAAGGAAUCUCCAUCACAGAUGUAGGAGAAAACUCUUCUGCUUGUAAUCUGAGUUACUUCUGCUACUGCUAUGGUCCAUGUGUCCCCACCAUGCCUGUUUGGUUUGGUGAUUGUGUGGUGACAACCAUGUCUUUGGAAAACAGCCUGCAGAUUCUUGCUGCUUCCCGCUGUCAGCAUAACCAGCCUUAACUUGUUAAUAUGUGACUGCACAUGCUGGUGGCACGUAAUAGCAUUGCUGUAACAUAAGCUUGUGUUUCCUGCAUUGAGAUUUAUACUUGGAUAUUUUUUGGGGAAAAUAA